AUGUCGUUGGCCGACAGGUAUUUCAACUGCCCUGAGGGUCGUGCGCAUUCUGUCGCUCGGCGUGCCCAUUUUCCACACUAUGCCACGACUGAUGACACCGAUUCAGUUCUGGAAGCUCCUUCAAAUGCAUGCAGACCCUCAAAAUGUGACCUCUUGUUUCCCCAUGAGGAGAGCCGAGCUCCGGCAGAUGCAAUGCAUUGGACCUUCGCCGUUAUCUCUUCGUGUCUUCGCAACAUCUGGGUCUGA